UUCAAGUACCAAUCAAUCCUAUAGUUUCAACAGCAUAUAGUUUGCUCAAAUUCUUUUCACAAGGAAGAGGAAUCAUGGCAAAUCCAUGGUGGACAGGGCAGGUCGGGCUCCCCGGAGUCGAGACCUCGACGAGCUCCUCCCCGGCAAGAAAGCCUGAUCUAGGGAUCUCCAUGAAGGACAACAGCGGAGGAGGUGGGGCCGUGGAAGAAGACGAGAGAGAUAACAGCGACGAGCCGAAGGAAGGAGCCGUCGAGGUCGCCACUCGGAGGCCGAGGGGCCGUCCGCCGGGCUCCAAGAAUAAGCCCAAGCCGCCAAUCUUUGUGACCCGAGAUAGCCCUAACGCGCUUCGGAGCCACGUGAUGGAGAUAGCCAACGGCGCAGAUAUAGCCGAGAGCGUGGCCCAGUUCGCCAGACGGCGACAGAGGGGCGUCUGCGUGCUCAGUGGGAGCGGUACAGUUACCAAUGUCACGCUCCGACAACCCACGGCUCCGGGGGCGGUCAUGGCCCUCCACGGCCGCUUCGAGAUUCUCUCCCUCACCGGGGCCUUUUUACCUGGUCCUGCCCCACCAGGGUCCACUGGUUUGACCAUAUACCUAGCCGGAGGCCAAGGUCAGGUGGUCGGCGGAAGCGUCGUGGGCUCGCUUGUGGCUUCGGGGCCUGUCAUGGUGAUCGCAGCGACCUUUUCUAAUGCUACUUAUGAGAGACUGCCCUUGGAGGAGGAAGAGGAAGCGGGCAGCGGGCAAGGGCAGAUGGGCAGUGGCUCGCCGCCGGGGAUUGGUGGCAGCGGGGGGCAGCAACAAGGUGGGAUGGCGGACCCUUCGACGAUGCCGGUGUAUAAUUUGCCUCCGAAUUUGCUUCCAAAUGGUGGACAACUGAACCAUGAGGCUUAUGGUUGGACUCAUGGCCGGCCAACUUAUGGCUAGAAAAGGAUAAUAUAGAGAAGUCAUGAGGACAAGAGGGAGAGAGAGAGAGAGAGACAGCUUCAGGUCAGCUACUUUAUCUUGUAUUG